AUGCCCGCAAAACGACCCAGAAGAUCUGGUUUGACUGGUGUCGAGCUCGCCAGGGCUGUGGACGCAAUUCAAGCGUUGGUGGACAAGUCGCGAGAGGAGCAGGCGGUGAACAGGGACGAUCCAGAGCUUGAGGCCACGUUCGACGACACGGCGGAACUCCAUCAGUUGGAUGACAUUCUAAAGAUGCUGCAAUCGAAGGCUGAUGGCCCACAGGUUCGUAUGAUUGAUGGCAUGCACGCUACGAGCUAUUCGUUUUCCAACAUGACCCAGGAUCAUUUGGACAAGCUGGGCAUCUCCGCCUCCGGACUGCUCGAAUUGAAGCCCAACGCAAUUCCUCGUGCGGUCCAGACAGAUGCUCUUGGAGCAGAUUCCAUCUGGUCGUCUGAUAUGCUCUGCCGUCAUCUUCAGUUUCUGGAGGGUCUCGUUCCACGAACAAAUGAAGCUGCAGCACGUCUGUGGAUCAAUGCCUUCUUUUACCGUGUCGCUGUCAUGAUCUCGAGUGGCUCGAAGAUGGUGUUGAGCGUUGAACAAGUCGUCCCAUCCGUCACCGUCAGUAACACAAGUGCCCACACACUCUCCGGAUACGUAGUUUGGACAGCUAUAGUGAUGCCCGCUCGAAAAGCCCAUAUAUACUUGCGACACCCUUUCUUGCAGCACUUGAAGAAUGACGAGUCUGCCUUGUUUGUUUCUGAAGCCAAAGGUCCCAACCAGCUCCUUCAACACCACGUACCGCAAGCUGUCGGGGAGAUGUUAGCGUGCGCAAGGACCGCAAGGAAACCUAUAAUUCGCGGUGUCCUGACGAAUGGGCAUACAUGGAUAUUCAUCAUCCUUAAACUCAGCGACAACGGAGGUGGCAGCUACUUCCAAUCCAAGGAGCUCCUUAUCACGGGAUUAUCGUCAAGAAUCUCAGGAGAGGCAGUCUCUGUGAUUUCCGCGAUCAUUUCCCAUUGGAUGGUGCAUAGUCACGAGGAGCUCGAUGGCGAAGACGAUUAUUUUACUAUACUAUGA